AUGGCGACACCUAGCGGCGUCGCGCCAGCGAGUCUCACGAAGACCCAACUGACGCUCUACGCGCCGCCCGACAGGCAGCACGAGCGCGUGCUGCGCCUGGGCCCUCCCGGCAGCAGCGGCAGCGGCGGCGGGAGCGGCGGCGGCGGCGGCGGGUCGACGGCGAUCAUACACGUGCAGGAGAUCUGCGACCCGGACGAACAGGCUGAGGGGUCCAUCGCGUCGCAGCGGGAGGAGUCGUACGGCCGCAGCAGCAGUCAAGGAGUUGGCGGCGGCGGAAGCAGCGGCUGGAGCGGCAGGGGUGUUGCGGGUCCGGGCAGCAGCGCGAGCACCAGCACCACGGGCGGCUGUGGCUGUCCGUAUGCUGAUAAAGACAACAGCAGCAGCGCGAGCGGUCGCGGCAGUGGCGCCAGCAGCGAUAGCAACAGCAGGAACAAGAGAGGAGGAGUAGGAGCAGGAGGGGAGGAGGAGAAGCAGCGCAGCUUGGAGUACGAGGUGCGUACUGCAGAGCCGUCGCAGCUGUACCUGUACAUGCCGCCCUCGCAGCAAGCCAGCCACGUGGCGGAGAGUAACGAGAGCCGCCGCCAGCAGGGCGCGCAGAGGGGCGUGGGUGGCAGGGGAGGGCAGACUGCGAGGCUGGGGUGUGAGGGGCUGGGAGGGCUGUUAGACUGGAGUGAUGCCACCGGAGUUUCUGCAGGAGAGGUGGCAGGUUGA